GCUUUGCUAAAAAGAAUGGCUGCAAGCCAGCCAUGACUGUUGUCACUGAAUUUUAUUUCGUGGUACGCAACUGAAUUUGAUUUCUUGGAAAAGUAAACCAUACUUCGAUUACGAGUUUGCACGCUUUGGAAGGCGAUUGCACGAAAUAUGUCGUACUUUCUUUCAAGAUGCUUAAGUUUGUUAACAGUAACCUUUAUAUUUAGAGGACCGCUGCUUACAUCAGCCGUUAAAGACUGUCCUUUUGAAUGGAGAGCUUUUGACAGCUCAUGCUACAAGAUCAUGACCAACUUUCUUUUCUCAACGAAACUUAGCUGGGGCAAUGCUCGUUCAGUGUGUUUAGGAUUUGGCGGAGACCUUGUUAGUAUAACAAACAAAAAAGAGAUGGAUUUUGUUGACGAGAUAUCGUCAGGUAUCGGAAGUGAACUAAUUUGGAUUGGUUUGAUUGACUGGCUCCAUGAUGGUGAAUUUGCCUGGAGUGAUGGUACUCUUUUCAAUGGGUCAGUUUACAAUAACUGGGCAGGGAGACAACCAAGUGGAGGAGAAUACUGUGUUGCCCACAGCAUAAGCGAAAGACGAUGGCAUGACUAUCCUUGUUCUCAUACUUUUGAUUACAUCUGUGAGAAGCCGAGAGGCAAACUUCCGUGUCCUUCCACUUGGUAUUUUUAUGGCUCGUCAUGUUACAAAGGAAGUAAAUCUGUUUCGUCUUGGAAAGCUGCAAAAGAGGACUGUCAUGUAUCUGAUGGGUAUUUGAUAAAAAUAGACGAUGCACCCGAGAACAAUUUUACGAAAGUCUUCCUCCAGAUCACAGGACUUACAACGACAAACGAGUACGUGUGGAUUGGCCUCAGUGACAUCCAUCACGAAGGAAGAUUUGUGUGGGAAGUGGAUAACAGUACCGUCAACUUCACUAAUUGGGCAAAGAGGCAGCCUGACAACUGGAACGAUAGCGAAGAUUGCGUGGUCGUGGGUGCUGAAAAAUACUUCGGUUUGUGGAAAGAUCAGAAGUGCGAUCGUUGGUUUCUGUAUAUCUGUGAACGGCCGGCCAGUGGUAUUGCAUGUUUUCAGUGCUCAAGUAACUCGUCUUUCACCGACUGCGAAGCCCAACAGGUUGUAGUCAACUGUUCAUUUCCACAACAGUAUUGCUUUAAGGAGAGAAAUUCGACACAAGACGACAAUGAACAAGCCGCCGUCUUCUACAAAGGAUGUACCUCAGCAGAUCGGUGUACAAAAGAAAAGAAGGACUCUGUAGAAUGCUGUGAAAACAACCUCUGCAAUAAAGAUAUUACCUGUCAUCAUUGCACAAGCAACGUAUCAUUUGCUGACUGUGCCAGGAAGCAAACAGAAGUGUCCUGUACGUUGCCAAGGAACCGCUGUGUCAAACUCAAAUAUUCCAACAGAGGCAACUACCAAAAAUUUUACAAAGGGUGCGCCGCAACUGAAGAGUGCAAAGUCACGUCUGAUAAAUCAUUUGUGGAAUGCUGUGACGACAACUUGUGUAACAAAGAAUCGAAGUUGAGUUGUUUCAAAUGCAGCAGCACUGUUUCCCACGACGAAUGCCAAAAAAGACGCCAUGAACACGUCUGUAUGAGUUCAAGGGCUGAUCGCUGUUAUCAUGCCUCGAUGCAACAGACCUCACGGGAUGGAUCCAGCGUUACUAAGCACUUUGAGUAUGGGUGCACUUAUCACUUAAACUGUAACAACACUGGAUAUUUUUUCGCUGGUUGCGUUGAGUCAAGUGAUGCUUGCCAAGUGCGAUGUUGUGGCAAAAAUCUUUGCAACGAAGUUUCAGCGACAGGAGAAGAAGUACCCUCGAAGGUCAACAACACGAUAGUGUACGUAUCACUGGCUACCGCUGCAGGCUUGGUAGUGCUGUGCUUCAUUACAGGCUUCUGGUGCUACAGGAAGUCACAUCAAAAGCAAAUGAAAAGAUCAAUAAGGCAUACGCGUGAAAUUAUCGCACUUGACAAAUGGGAAAUUCUUCCUGAGGAAAUAGAAUACGAAGAGGAGCUGGGCCGCGGCGCCUUCGGCGUGGUCUAUAAGGCCACUCUUAAGAAACGACAAGGAAUUGAAAUUUUUGACCCUGGAAAAAAACAGCAGCAAAAUGACAUAAACCACGUGGUGGCGGUUAAAGAAUUGCAAGUUGAUUCAAGCGAGGAACAAGUGUUAGACUUUCUUAAUGAAAUAUCCCAAAUGAAGUUGUUAGCUGCACACCCGAAUAUUGUGUCUCUUGUUGGAUGUUCCACACUGCGCAAGCACAAAUUCCUGGUGUUGGAGUAUGUUCCAUAUGGUGACUUGUUAGACUGGUUACGAAAGAAAAGGCAAUCGAUCAAUCUGUAUCUGGCCACAGAGGAAAAACGAGCAGAGAAUUUUUAUGAGGAAAAAGAACCACAGAGCAAUCAAUGCCAAAAAACCGAGUCAGAGAUAAAGCCAUCACAGUUGGUUUCAACUGAAGCUACAGAACAAGGAAAAGUAGGAGAGAAGGACUUUUCCACAUGGCAGCUGCUUUCUUUUGCUGCACAAAUAGCAAGAGGAAUGAAUCAUCUUGACGAGAGGGGUUUCGUUCAUCGUGAUCUAGCAGCCCGUAAUGUUCUGGUUGGCAAUGAUAAUCGAGUUAAAGUAUCAGAUUUUGGGCUGAUGCGUCAAGUAUAUGAAGACGUUUACACCAUCAAAAAGACGAAGAAACUCCCUAUCAAAUGGAUGGCUCCAGAAUCGAUUUAUUACAGUGUUUUUACUACCAAAAGUGAUGUAUGGUCCUAUGGAGUGCUUUUAUGGGAAAUGGCUACAAUGGGAGGAGUUCCAUACCCAACGCUAACUAAUUCCCAAUUGUGUAAGCUACUGAAGACAGGUUAUCUUAUGGGGAGACCUGACAUGUGCUCUGAUGAAGUAUAUGAGUUGAUGACUGAAUGCUGGAGGGAAGAUCCAACAACUCGCCCAAGUUUCGCAGACUUGGUAGGAAAACUGGAGGAGAUAAUGACCAAGGACGUACCAUACUGCGACUUGAACAAUUACGAUGAAACAAGUCCAUGGUACAGUGCUGCCCCUGAGACCUCCGAAGAAACGGAAUAGAAAAAUUGAAAGACUCGUUAGAGCUAAAGCCAAUUUAGAAAGAGUCAACUUGCCAACAUUCUUUGGCACUAUUGAGAAGGAGGAAAUAAGUUGGCAAAGAAGCUGGCAAAGUUUGAGGAGAUGAUUUAGAGAAUUAGUGGUUUUUGAAAACAGAGAUCGCUUUGAAAAGGAAUGCGAGAGAUCACGCAUAAGAACGAGCCAGACGGCAUAGAACUGAGAAGUUCUUAAUAC